ACCUACAUAGUGCUUCUCAAAGACGUUUGAAAGCUCCAAAUGAAUUGUUGAGAGGACAAUAACUGUUCUGAUCUACACCAACAUACCGGGAACAUGUCGAAGCACACCUACCUGUCGUCUAGAUCCAUUGGAUUGAUCAAACGUGGAUCAGUCACCGCCAGAGAAUCUGACACCUCUCAGCUGCAAGAACCAGAGCUAACGCUCACUGGAUUCGAGAUCUCGCAGAAGGCACUCAUGCCGCCAAGAUAUGCCAGCGGAUGUUAUUCGAUACGGUUUGCUCCCGGAGGUGGCGCACUAGUCGGGGGGUUCGGUAAUGGAGCCGUUCUGAUGUAUGAAAAAGACGCUCAGGGCCUUUUCACACAGCAGAGCACGCUGCGUAAGGGCUCCCGCUAUGCAGACGAUACUAUUAUGGCCGUCCGCUUCCACCCAAAGCAAAGCAAGAUUCUCUACUCAUGCGCAAUAUUUGGGACAAUUUUCCGACACAACUUGGCGGGAAAGCCAGACGAGAAAUGCGAGAAGUUUGCCGAAGAAAACAACAACCGCAUCAACGCCAUCGACCUGAACAUGGCCGGCGAGCUGCUGGCGUCUGGUGGGAAGGACCUCAGUCUGCGCAUCUACGACACUCAGACCAAGGAGUUGAUCCAGGAGUACAAAGGCUAUCACCCAAGCACGCCGCAAAAGGACAGUGGCGGCCACGCGCUGAGCGUGUUCUGCAUCAAGUUCCACCCGGACCAGCGAGAUGUGCUGCUCACCGGCGGAUGGGACGACACCAUCAAAAUCUGGGACAUGCGCACAGACGCCGGUAUGAUCGGAUCUUUGGGAGGACCGCACAUCUGUGGAGAGGCCAUCGACAUCAAGGGUGAGACGGUUGUGACGGGCUCGUGGAAAGCCGACCAGGCCAUCCAGCUCUGGGACCUCAGACAGAGGCUGCCCAUCAAGUCACUAACCACGUUCCGAAAAACGCACGUGGAGGGAGACAACAUCUACGCUGUUCAGUUUGCCCGCUCCGACCCGGACGGCCACCACCUACUGACGGCCGGGUCAGGAACCAACAGCUUCCAGUACAUCAACCACAUGACGGAAAAGGUGAUUGGUACGGGAGCGACUCAGAAGCCCUUCUCGACAGUGGACAGCACCGGCCAGGUGCUGGCGGCGGCCGGGGGACGGCUGGAUCCGCCUCCUGCACGUGCCCGGCCGACGUCACUGAUGGAGGCAGGCUGA